UGCUCUCUGCAUGGUCGUCGUCCUUCUUGAAGGACCUUUGAGUAUACUUAUUUAUUUUGCACGCGAUUCGAACCACGAUGCGAUCGACGAUGUGUUUACCUUGCUUUACAUGUGCUCAAAUUUAUUGUGUUUUUGAGAGGUACGUAUGGAGUUGUAUAUAAGGGAAAACACAAGAAGACUGGCGAAAUCGUUGCUAUGAAGAAGAUUCGACUGGAAAGUGAGGAUGAGGGAGUGCCAUCAACAGCCAUUAGGGAGAUAUCCCUUUUGAAGGAGCUCAAGCAUCCGAACAUUGUGAGCCUAAUGGAUGUUCUGAUGGAGGAAUCGAAGCUCUACCUCAUUUUCGAGUAUCUCACGAUGGAUCUCAAAAAAUACAUGGACAGCUUAGGGAAUGGCAAACUUAUGGACCCAGAUUUGGUCAGAUCGUACUUGUAUCAGAUUACACGAGCAAUUCUGUUUUGUCAUCAACGUAGAGUUCUCCAUCGCGAUUUGAAACCCCAAAAUCUGUUGAUUGACAAAAAAGGAGUAAUCAAAGUAGCAGAUUUUGGUCUAGGAAGAGCGUUCGGUAUUCCAGUACGAGUCUAUACACAUGAAGUUGUCACUCUGUGGUACAGAGCUCCUGAAAUUCUUCUGGGCGCCAAUAGAUACACUUGCAGCAUUGACAUGUGGAGUGUGGGCUGCAUUUUUGCUGAAAUGGCAACAAAGAAGCCACUGUUUCAAGGAGACAGUGAAAUCGAUCAGUUGUUUAGAAUAUUUCGUGUGUUGAAAACACCUACUGAAGAGAUUUGGCCAGGCGUCACACAACUAGCAGACUACAAAGCAACUUUUCCUAACUGGAAAACAAAUAAUUUACAGGCACAAGUGAAGACUUUGGAUGAAAAUGGAGUGGACCUGCUGGAAGCUAUGUUGAUCUACGAUCCUUCAGCAAGAAUAACAGCCAGAGAUGCAUUGCAGCACAAAUACUUUGAUAACUUGGACAAGAGGAAAUUGCCAGCUGUAUAAAGAGGAUGUUUUAAUGUCAAAUCCAGAUGCUGUUCAGGGUUUUUAAGUUUUUGAGUUUUAGCCUUAAUUUAAUCAUUUUAAUACAACUUGAGUAUGAUUCUACUAGAUUUUAGUAUAAUAUUUAUCUUUUUAAUACAUUUUAGAAUAGUGAAUUUUAACACAUAUUUUAUUUUUGACGAUUUCAUUUGAACUCGCUUAUAAAUAUAUUUUGUCAUUGAAACUACACGUGGGAUGAUAAGCAUCAUUUUUUCAAAAUGGUUAGUUUUAACAUUUUUAUCAUCAAUAGCUGAAGUGUCCGAAUUGACAGCGAAUUACUGCGCGAUACAUGUUAGAAAUCAGAAACUGAAAAAUUCACAACUGAAUACCAGUCUGUAAUCAGCGUGCAUUGUUCAACGAUAUUUGAAACAGUGUACACUUAAUUUUUCAUUUCAAGACAAGUGAUUUAGGCAUUGCGACAUUGUAAAUAGAUCGCGUGAAUUAGUCUUAUUGUAGUUAAAUCAAGUGCGUAAAUACGCAUUGCCUGUAUUAUUUUUUAAAACUUGAAUCAAAUUUUACUCCAAACAAACUUGCAAUCUUUUACCGCUUGGCUGCAUUGUUAAUAGUAUACUAUAUCUAAUUAAAAUUGAACUUCAAGUAUUGAAUUCACGAACAACCAAAUAUUCUGUUGCCAUGUCAUUCGUUGUAAGAGUGAGCGAUGAAAAUAACUUAAAAAAAAUAUUUAACGUAAUAUACAUAAUAUACCCUGCGAUGCUUUCGUACGAAAUUUUUUAUCAAAUGUUAAGACUUUGAAAGUACAAGCAAUUACUUUAUAUGGAAAUUCAAGUAUAUCGUAAUUGUAUGACAACAAGAACUAUAUUAUGAUACAAAUAAAGCGAUAUACAAAUGACAACGUGCGUCUCUGCGUAGACUGAAACGCUUGUAAAACAAACCCCCUUCAAUUAAACAAGACAAGAGUUUAAUAUAA